CAAUAUGGCUUCCUGCACCUGGUGACGGUUGAGGAAAUUGAAUUUGGUAUCAUGGAGAAACCACGGGGCGCUGAGAAGACGCCACCUUCAGAGCCAAUGGAAGAGGAGGAGGAUGGCGACUUAGAACUCUUCGGGGGCUACGACAGCUUCCGGAGUUAUAACAGCAGUGCGGGCAGUGAGAGCAGCUCCUACUUGGAGGAGUCGAGUGAAGCAGAGAAUGAAGAUCGUGAAGCAGGGGAGCUGCCCACCUCGCCUCUUCAUCUGUUCAGCUCUGCAAAUAACCGCUCCUUGGAUGGAAGUGGUUCUGAGCCAGCUGUCUGUGAGAUGUGUGGUAUCGUGGGCACAAGAGAAGCUUUCUUCUCAAAGACCAAGAGGUUCUGCAGUGUCUCCUGUUCCAGGAGCUACUCUUCCAACUCCAAGAAAGCCAGUAUCUUGGCUAGACUGCAGGGAAAGCCACCCACCAAAAAAGCCAAAGUCCUGCACAAGGCAGCCUGGUCUGCCAAAAUUGGAGCCUUCCUCCACGCCCAGGGAACAGGACAGCUAGCAGAUGGGACACCCACAGGACAAGAUGCUCUGGUCUUAGGGUUCGACUGGGGGAAGUUCCUGAAGGAUCACAGUUACAAGGCUGCUCCUGUCAGCUGCUUUAAACACGUGCCCCUCUAUGACCAAUGGGAAGACGUCAUGAAGGGGAUGAAGGUGGAAGUCCUCAACAGUGAUGCUGUGCUCCCCAGCCGGGUGUACUGGAUCGCCACUGUCAUCCAGGCAGCUGGGUACAGAGUGCUGCUCCGUUAUGAAGGCUUUGAAAAUGAUGCCAGUCAUGACUUCUGGUGCAACCUGGGGACUGUGGAUGUCCACCCCAUUGGAUGGUGUGCCAUCAACAGCAAGAUCCUGGUACCUCCACGGACCAUCCAUGCCAAGUUUACUGACUGGAAGAGCUACCUCAUGAAGCGGUUGGUGGGUUCCAGGACACUUCCUGCCGAUUUCCAUAUCAAGAUGGUGGAAAGCAUGAAGUACCCUUUUCGACAGGGCAUGCGCUUAGAGGUUGUGGACAAGACCCAAGUGUCACGUACACGUAUGGCUGUGGUGGACACAGUAAUUGGGGGUCGCCUACGGCUCCUCUAUGAGGAUGGUGACAGUGAUGAUGACUUUUGGUGUCAUAUGUGGAGUCCCCUGAUCCACCCAGUGGGUUGGUCACGGCGUGUUGGCCACGGCAUCAAGAUGUCAGAUAGACGAUGUGACAUGUCUCAUCACCCUACCUUCCGGAAAAUCUACUGCGAUGCUGUUCCUUACCUCUUCAAGAAGGUCCGAGCUGUCUACACAGAAGGUGGCUGGUUCGAGGAAGGAAUGAAACUAGAGGCCAUUGACCCUCUGAAUCUGGGCAAUAUCUGUGUAGCAACCAUCUGCAAGGUGCUCUUGGAUGGUUACCUGAUGAUCUGUGUGGAUGGGGGCCCCUCCACAGAUGGUGCAGAUUGGUUCUGCUACCACGCCUCCUCCCAUGCCAUCUUCCCAGCCACCUUCUGCCAAAAGAAUGACAUUGAGCUCACACCCCCAAAAGGGUAUGAGACGCAGCAUUUUGACUGGGAGACCUACUUAGAGAAGACCAAGUCAAAAGCAGCUCCAGCAAGACUCUUUAACAUGGAUUGCCCCAACCAUGGCUUCAAGGUGGGCAUGAAGCUGGAGGCUGUGGACUUGAUGGAGCCCCGGCUCAUCUGUGUGGCCACCGUGAAGCGGGUGGUGCAUCGACUCCUCAGCAUCCACUUUGACGGCUGGGACAACGAGUAUGACCAGUGGGUGGACUGUGAAUCCCCGGACAUCUACCCUGUUGGCUGGUGUGAACUCACCGGUUACCAGCUCCAGCCACCGGUGUCCGCAGAACCAAACACAACUCAGAAAGGCAAAGAUGCCACAAAGAAGAAGAAGAAACAGUUUGGGAAGAAAAGGAAAAGACUCUCAUCAGCUAAGACUCGGCCCCUCAGACCGGGCUCCAAGAAACCCUUACUGGAGGACAACCUUGAGGCUUUGGCGGUCUCGGAACCAGUUCCUGAUGACAUUAUCGCUGUGUGCGUGAAGGAGGAGCACCAGGACAUCUCUUCGCCUGACAGGUCACCCAGUCCACAGCUGCCUCUCCCCAUUGAGAGCAUCAAGCAGGAGAGAGACAACUGAGCCUUCCCUGGCAUCAGCCUGGACCCUGACUGAAGCCAAGCCUGGUCAUGGAGCAGAGAGGAGGCCCAGCUUUACUGCUCUGCAGUGAAUGGACAGCCUAGCCUUCCAGGCCCACCUCUGCCCUCUGGCCAGGCCUAUUGGCUGCUCAGCUUGAGCCCUAAGCCGGCACACCAUUGCACCAUUGCACCAUUGCACCCUCAGCACACUGGAGAAUAGACUGACUACCAUGUGUCUACCCAGGCACGUGCUGGAAGUGAGGGAAUGGAGCAGCUGUGGGUGGGCAGCCCAGGCUGAUGCUGGGUGAGAACGGAGCCACCUCUGCCCAAAAUAAAUUGAGGGUCUUGAACCUUCUGGGGGUACCCUGUACCACCUGAUGUCCCAGGGGCCCCACUGUGGAAGGGAAUUGACCAAGGUAGUGGGUUUGAGUGAUUUGGAUUGGGACCUUGACCUCUCAGGGAUGGCAAGAACACUGACUUCUUUUCUUAGAGGGAACAGUUGGGAAGAUGUACAAGGGACCUGUGCCCCUAAGGGAGACGCGGGCCAGGCUACUUGCUGUCAGGUACAGGAUCAGACAGUAGUUUGGCCCAUGCAGUCUGGGGGUCCUGCCUGAGACCAUCCUUCUCUAGAUCUGAGCUUGGGUUGGACCAAUCCUUUCCACUCCCCUGCCUGGGUCAGCCCAGCCGCUGCUCAGCUCACUGUCUUCACAGUGUUUGACUUUUGUUUUUCCCACUGAGAUACAUUGUUUUAUUUUUGAGACAGGCUCUAUGUAGUACUUGCUGUUCUGGAGCUUGAUAUAUAGCCCAUGCAGACUUUAUACUGAUAGGGAUCCACCUGCCUCUGCCUUCUGAGUGCUGGGAUUAAAGCUGUGUGCCUAGUCCCCAGCUAGACACUUUGAAACUGGUGGCCUAGCCCUCCAGUAUCAUCCUGGAGGCAGUGGGGCCUCCUGCAGUGUACUGGGUUUGACUGGGUUAUGGACAGAGCAGUGAGGCCAGUGGCUCUGUGAUGCCGUGGCCGUGCUGCAUGGCCAUAUCUGGGUCUACUCUGGUCAAGUCUCGUCCGUCAUGUGCUAGACUUUGCUCAGGACCAGGCCUGGUUCAUCCCUAAGGGGAGAUGUGAGUGACCAGUCAUCACAGACCGGGCAGGUUCUGAGAAAAGUUGGUCUUGACCUAUCUGCUAAAGAUAGCCCACUCUGUGCAGAAUCUAGGCCAUGAAAGAGGCCUUUGUCUGCCUGCUUUCCUCAAAGGGAAGAUGAAAGUCCACAGUAAAAGGCAGGUUCAAUUCCCAGCACCCACUCACAGCUGCCUGUAUCUUGAGCUCCAGGGGAGCCUGUGCCUGUGGUUUCUGUGGAUAUCCUUAAACAUAAUUAAAAAUAAAAUCUGUGAAGAAAACA